AUGCCCCGCGCAGUCCGAGGUUUAUUGAUAGAGUGCGAUCCCUCGAUCAAGGCCAUGAUCCUGAAGUACGAUGAAGAGCGACACGACUACAUAGUGGAGGAUUUGGAUGAUGAGAACCAUUUGGUCAUCAAAGAGAGCCAGCUGGAGAACCUCAAGGUUCGCCUGGAUCAGGACCUUGAUGAGAAGAUCAUGCAGCUGGAUGAAUCCGAAUCCGAAUGA